AUGAGCAUCGGCGACCAGUGGGCCAAACUCGGGAUGGGCCAGAUGGACAAGGAGAGCAGCUUCGAGCUCCUAGACGCGUUCUACAAGGCCGGCGGAAACUUCAUCGACACGGCGAACAACUACCAGGAAGGCUCGUCAGAAGUGUUCCUUGGCGAGUGGAUGGAGAGCCGCGGGGUGCGCGAUCAGAUGGUGGUCGCCACAAAGUAUACGACGAACUUCAAGCGCGCGGCGAACAUUCCGCAGAAAACGAGCUAUGUGGGGAAUAAUAUGAAAUCGCUCCACAUUUCCGUCGAGACGUCGCUGAGGCAGCUGCGCACCACAUAUAUCGACAUUCUCUACUUGCACUGGUGGGACUGGUCGUGCGGCGUCGAGGAAGUGAUGAACGGCCUGCACCACCUCGUCGCGCAAGGCAAAGUGCUCUACCUGGGAAUUUCGGACACGCCUGCUUGGGUCGUGUCCAAGGCGAACAUGUACGCCAGGCAGAAUGGCAAGACGCCGUUCGUCGUGUAUCAAGGAGCAUGGAGCAUUUUUCAGCGCGACUUUGAGCGUGACAUUAUCCCCAUGGCUCUCGCUGAGGGAAUGGCACUUGCGCCAUGGAACGUCUUGGCCUCAGGUAAAAUCCGCACCGACGAAGAGGAGGAGCGUCGGCGGCAGACUGGUCGCACGAUCACUGGACCGGAUUGGGAGCGCACUCCAGAACAGAGAAAGCUGUGUCAAGCGCUGGAGAAGGUCGCCAAAGAACGUACAGUCGCGAUCGCAUAUGUGAUGCAGAAGACGCCUUAUGUCUUCCCCAUCGUCGGAGGACGCAAAGUCGAGCAUCUGAUGGACAACAUUGCAGGGCUCGACGUCGCCCUGACUCCAGAACAUGUCACGUUUUUGGAGAGCGUGCUGCCGUUCGAUCCAGGAUUCCCUCUUGCGAUGAUUGGAAAUGGCUCGGAAUACGUUCCGAUGUACAGCUCCGCCGGCACGUUCGACAAGUGGCCGAAGCAGGAGGUGAUCCGUCCGGCCAAGUGA